AUGCGUCCAAGGUCGGGACUCAUGUUUCCUCGCCGAAUCACAGCCAUCUUUACUCCAAGUCUGGUGGUGUGUGCACUCUUCUUGGUCUACUCCUACUUGAACAGUGUAUUCAUUGAUCAACCGUCUCAGAAAUACUUCCGAUGGACUGUUGAAAGCUCCUUGCAUUCUUCCACGGUCCACGAUCUAUACAAUCCUUACAUACACCCCAUUACGAGAACCAUAUUUAUUGGCCACACAGGGAAAGAAUUUUGGGUAGCAGAACCAUUGAGAUUCACAAAAUCAUUAGGAAAGAAAGUCCUCAUUUUGGACGUCGACAGUCGCAACCUUGAUGGCCCUAAGGGACUUUUGAGCAAGGCUCCAUUGAACACGACCGGACUCCCUCCGGAUACCAGUGGUAGACUGAACCACUUCAUGUUCGCAAUGAUCCAUGGCUACGACUACCGACUAGUUCAAAUUCCCAGGGCAGUCGGACGAACUGGAACAUGGACCAAAGUCACUGCGAUUAAAGAGGCGUUGAAACACUACGAAUACGUUGUAUUCUUAGACGCAGAUGCCAUGAUUCUCUACCCCAAUUUACCCCUCGAAUGGUUGUUCAACUACUGGGAGAUUACUCCAGAGACUCUAGUUGCCAUGGCACUCGAUCCAGAAGCACCUCACAACCAUGAUUGGAACGGCCGCACAUUUCUCAACACCGGUUUCAUUAUUGCUCAGAAGAGCUCUCGUACCCAUGAGCUCUUUGAGGCGUGGGAGACUUGUCCGACCGAAACGCGCUAUUCAGACUGCGCGAGGUGGGGUCGGGAAUGGCCACAUGAGCAAUCUGCAUUUGGAAACCAUGUUAGGUAUGAAUUCAACCGACCGGAAGAUAUUCGGGUCUUGUCUUGUGCAGAGGCAAAUGGGUGUCCCGAGGUCGCAUCUACCGGGUGCGUUGGGGAGUUUGUGAGGCACUACUGGGGUGACAAGCUAUCUCUGCCAGCCGCUGUGGGUGAUGCGGUUUUGCAGUACUUUUUGCUGCAGUUGCAUGGGACUUUGAAUCACAAUGCUAGGACUCUGGUGGUGAAUAGGACUGAGCGUGCAUUUGCAUGA